UCAGUUGCAACUCUCUUUCUUUCUUUUUUCUCUCUCUCUCUCCAAUUAUUUCUUUUUCCAUCUCAAAGAUCAGUCUAAAUAAUCUGUUCAAACAGUACACAAACACACUCUCUUUUUUUUAAGAUGCGCUUCUUUCUUCACUGUGUUCAACUUGAAACUGUUUAGAGCUUUUAAGAAAAAAGAAAAAAAAACCAGUACUUUGUCAUUUCACUUAAUUGAUUAAACUCAUUUGCCAUUUAACUUAUAUUGCCUUAUGGAGUUUCUUUAGAUUGUUAGUGUUUCUUGGUGUGUGUCUUCAAUAUGGAUUUUGGGAUUUUGGGUUUGGAUGGUCUUGUGGUGGGUCCUGAAAAUGGAGCUCCAUCUUCAGUUUCAGUUUCAGUACCACCUGAGUCUGUGACAAAGUUUGUUGUUGGAUCUAGAUUCUCUAAGCAAGAAAGAUCCGGCUCUGGUGAAGAUGACCGGGGAACUUUAAAAAUACCCAAAACUGGUGACUUCUCUUUAGCUUCCAAGGCAAUGUCAUUGCAACAAGGCAUUCCUUUGUUAAGAUCUAAUCCUAUUUUUUCGGCUUCUGCUGACACUUCUCGUCAACCAGGACAAAUGCUCAGCUUUUGUUCAAACAAACCAGAAAUUGCUUUAUUCAAUAGAAGUACUAAUUCGUUUCUUGAGAGAAGCCCGCAACCCACUGUGUUACCUUACUACCACCGCACACCUCCUGCUUAUCCUAGACCUGCAGGUUAUGGUUCUGGAAGUUUGAAUGUAGGCAUGCAUGGGGAUUUUCAUGGGGUUAAAGGACCAUUCACUCCUUCUCAGUGGAUUGAACUAGAACACCAGGCCUGGAUCUACAAGUACAUCAGUGCAAAUGUGCCUGUACCACCCAAUUUGCUCAUCCCCAUCAGAAAGUCCGUCCAACCAUUGGGCAUGCCUUACUCAUCUACUGGAUCCUUUUCUCCCAGUUCAUAUGGAUGGGGGUCUUUCCAUCUAGGCUAUGCUACCAGCACUGAUCCUGAGCCAGGUAGGUGUAGGCGAACGGAUGGAAAGAAAUGGCGGUGCUCAAGGGAUGCUGUUGCUGACCAAAAGUAUUGUGAAAGGCACAUAAACAGGGGCCGCCAUCGUUCAAGAAAGCCUGUGGAAGGCCAGACCGGCCAUGCAGCCUCUGGGACCACUAAUUUGAAGGUGGUGCCAAUGACUUCUUCCGUGUCAACAUCUGUGAUAACCAGUGAUGGUGCAUCCAACAGUCUAGCCAUCACCCAGCACCAGUUCAAAAACUUACAACCUGGUGCCGCCAAACCUUCUGUGGAUGCCCUUGUCAGCAGAGUGCAAGGUUCAAAGAGUGGCUCCAUGAUGUCUUCCACCACCAACCUGAAAUCUAAUGAAUCUACUUUCCCUGUUCCGAAACAAGAUAUUCCAUUUGAAGAAUCCUCUCAAUCUGUGUUUGGAUUUCUUUGCUCUGACUCCCUCCUUAAUCCUUCUCAGAGGAGCUCGUAUUCGAAUUCCAAAAACUAUAGUGGGUCUUUCCUAGACUUUAAUGACCAUGAAACCCAAGAUCAAAAUCCUCUUCGGAAAUUCAUGGAUGACUGGCCCAAGGAUGAGUCUAAUCGUUCCAUACUUACUUGGCCUGAAGAGCUUAAAUCAGAUUGGACCCAACUAUCAAUGUCAAUUCCUAUAGCUCCAGAAUUCUCAUCAUCAUCCUCUCCCAAUCGUGAGAAACUGACUCUAUCACCGCUUAGGUUAUCUCGUGAGUUUGAUUCUAGCCAAGUGGGUUUGGGGUUAAGCAAUGAUCUCAGUGAGCCAACCCAAAAGCUAACAAACUGGAUACCGAAGUCUUGGGGAACUUCGAUGGGUGGUCCUUUAGGUGAGGCCUUAACCAAUACCACUAACAAUGUGGGUACCUGCAAGAGUUCAUCUCUUAACCUGGGAACUGAAGGGUGGGACAGCAGCCAACAGUUGGGAACUUCUCCGACAGGUGUCUUGCAAAAGUCAACUUUCUGUUCACUUUCAAAUAGUAGUUCAGGGAGCAGUUCAAUGGCUGAUAACAAAAAGACACAUGAUGGAGUUAGCAUCGGCGAUGGCUCAACCCUUCUAAGUUCCUCCAUUCCAUCUCUGUAAUCAGCAAGUGACUUGAGCAAGAAAGACAGAAGUAGCUGGAUCCGAGUGGAGAGCUUUGCAGCAACUAUGUUUAUCUGAUUGGUUUCUAUGAUUUGUUCUUCCUUCAGCAUGUAGUUUUUAAAAUUUACUAAGUACUGACUUUGGGCUAAUCACAUUGUUAGGUAUUAGCCAUUUAAACUCAUGAACCUAUUGGGUCUCUAUAGUUUAUGAA